AUGCGUCAAAGUCGAUAUCUCCAGGUCCGACUCCGAAUAGAACGAGACAAGCUUGUAGACUGGGCAGUCCUGGCCAAUCUCUCCGAGGAUGAGAGAGCAAUGAGCUCUGGGCUUCGGCUCAAUAAGCAAAAGGUCAACGGUUCGCUCCAGGACGUCAGGCUGGUGCUGCUCGAGCUUGUCAAGCUGAGCGGGUCUUACGAGGUCGAGCUGGACCGGUCAGGUAUCGACAGCGACUAUGGGAGCGCGGAUGAGGGGUCUGAGGCUGCCUCUAUACGGUCCAAUCUUACGCUCCAGCGCAAAGCAAUGUCUUUUGUCAAAAAGACGCGAGCCUUCCCUCGGCGAUUAAGAUGGGCCUCCUUCGACAGGGUCGAGUUCGAGCUGCUAUUGGCGAAACUGAGCGCUCUGAACGAGAACAUGGUGUACUUCUUUGACAGGCGUCAACAGGAUAAUCAUCUGCAGAUGCAGCAGGAUUCUUUCACAUCGAUCCUGCAGGCAAGCGACAAGUUCGAGCAACUGGUCGACCUGAUGGCUUCAUUGAAGGCAACGACCAAAUACAAGAUUAUGCCGGCCCAUGAACAACGACUGUUACGACUCACGCGCUUCAAGGCUUUCAAUAUCGCCAUGGAGGGAGCGGACGAUGCUUCUGACGAGGCCCUCAUCAAGUCUCACCUGGGAGACACGCACAGGCCUCCACGCCCGAUACGUCUUGAUAGCACAAAACUGCUGAUUAUGGGGGAAGAUAACCUCGAAGGCUCGCCUUCUGGAGCAUGGGGCAUCUAUGAGGAUAUUCCCGUGUGGGUAGAAUGGAGAUACUUUCUCAGGGACGAGCAGAAGCCCGACGGCUUCCGGGUUCCAGACUGUUUGGGAUACUUGUACGAACCAGAGGAACGUCGAUUCGGCUUCGCCUUUCGGGGAGAAGGCGCGUACCUGCCACCCCGCCUGUCUGAUAUGAUCAGCUCGCGGCGCCAAAAGCCGUCCCUGACGUCCAGGCUACAGAUGGCUCGGGCGGUGGCCACGUCGAUCUGGUACCUUCACGCGACGAGCUGGACCCACAAGGGGCUGCGGAGCGAGAACAUCAUGUUCCCCUUCAGUACCUCGGCAGGGCCAUAUCUUGCUGGGUUUGACUACGCGCGCCCUGCGAACUCGAACGAGGAGGCGUCGGAGAGACCAGCCACACACCACGACUUGUACCGCCAUCCCGCCACGCAGUUCAAUGUACCGCGCGAUGGGCCGCAAGGCUUCACCAAGAUCCAUGACAUAUACAGCCUCGGCGUAGUGCUGUAUGAAAUAGGCAUGUGGAAGCCCGUCGAUGUCAUCUUGGGCAUGAACGCUGCGCAAGGCAUCCGAGUGGAAGACGUGAGGGAUGCGCAGACGCGGCUGCUCAGCCAGGAAGGGCUGAUGAACCUGGCGGCGGACGUCGGCGAUGUCUAUAUGGCGGCGGUGACGAGCUGUCUGUCUGGUGAUUUUGGCUUCGAUGGGUUCGAUGGGAUUGAUGACCGUCAGACGAACUAUGAUGCCCGGCUCCAGCUUGAGUUCGGAGAGAGAGUGAUUCGCAAGCUGGAAAGUAUCAAGAUAUGA